AUGGGUAAUCGUCAACCAGUUGCUGCAUGGAACACCUGGGAUAUCAAUGCUUAUUCCCAAAUGACUGGUCUCUCACCAGCUCAAAUUCAACAACUUUAUGUUCUUUUUCAACAGCAAUCAGCUAGUACCGGUGGUCGUAUGACACUUAAUGAAUUCAAAGCCAUCUACGCAAGUAUUGCCGGAUUGUCCUGGACAUUUAAUGCUGACGCUGAGCGUGUCUUCCUUAUGUUCGAUGCUGAUGGCAACGGUGUCCUCAGUUUCGAAGAAUUUCUCAUGGCAUAUCUCAUGUUACAACGUGGUGUUACACCAAUUCAACGAUGGUCAUAUGCUGCUAAUUAUUAUCCACUUACUCAACCAGGUUAUCUCUCAGCUCAAGAAGCUCAAUUGUUAUUCAAUAAUAUGCAACAAUUCUACAACAUUCCGGUUCAAAAUACUUACUUCACCCAAGCUUGGUCACAACUUGGUGGUGGUGUGAACGGUUACGUACCUGUUACAUCAUUCGUUCAGGCAGUCGUACCAUUGAUCCCGCAAACAUACAUUUGGUAA